AUGGCUAAAAACUAUUUACAUUAUAUUUUGAUUUGUAUAUUACUGGUUAAUGUUCCUUUGAAUAAUUCAAAAAAGGAUGUCAAACCUUUAGUUAAAGAAUUAUUUAAUAUAUUACUUGAAUCUUUACCAGACAACUCUAUAGAGGAUUCAAAAAGUGAAGAUUACUUAGAAGUUAAGGAUGAUUAUUUACCUAACUUGAAAUUAUCAAAUAAUUUUUUGAAGGUUGGCAAUUUAAAAGAUAAUGUAUUGAAUAAUAAGAUUUCAGUGGCAAGAAAUUCUUUAAAUAUGUUAGGAGAUAAUAAUAAAAAUGAGCUAGAUAAUACUACAUUAAGCAAAAAACUAAAUAUAUUUGAAAAAUCUAAUGAAAAUGACAACAUAGAAGAUUUAAAAAGUGAUUUAACAUAUAUUUCGAAAAAUAUUACUAAAGAUGUAACAAAUUCAACAACUGCAACAAUUAAGGAUAAAGUAAUUUCAUACAAUUAUGCUGAUAAGAACUUGGAGUUACAGAAUAAAGAAUCUGAGUUUAAGAUUUCCAAAAUUAUUUCUCGAAAAGCUGAAGUAGAUAUAGAAAAGUCUAUAUUAUCCAUUUACUUAGAAAUUGCUGGUACAGGUCUUAACUCUAAAACUAUACUAGCAUUGAAGAAAUGGGAUGAAAGCUUUUCAGAAUAUAAUGUAAAUUUACUUUGCUCAUCACCAAAUGUUAUAACUACAGUAUUUGCUAGGCCAGAAAAAGUAGAACCACACUAUAUACUCAAAUCACAAGUGAUAAAAUUUAAUAUUAAACAUAAUAUUAAAACACUUCAAGGAGAGACCUUUUUUCUUUGUAUAUCAGAAUCAAUUACAUCAUCUAAUUCCCAGUAUAUUACGAAAUUAACUAUUUCUAAGUAUAGUGUACCUGAAUCAUAUGAAAAAGAAGCUUUCAGAAAUGAUUAUUUAUUUGAAUUGUUUAAAGAGCUAAAAAUACCUCAGUUUUCUUUUUUUUUUGAAUAUCCAUUUGAAGGAUAUUCAGAUAUAAUUCUUAAACUUGAAAUACCUUCAAAAAUAUCUUGUUCAGAUUUCAGAAUUGACGUACUCAAUUUUAAUUCAAAAAAAUUUGAAUCCAGUGGAAAUACAUUGCAUCCAGACAAAACAAUGGGAAUUCUAAAUAAAACCUUUAUUUCAUCUAUAUAUAAUGAAGUGCCCAAUUUAGAUUCUAAAUAUUUUAAUUUUAAAGAAGUCAGUCCUAGUUUAGAUAUUGUUUCUACUGCAAAACUUAUUUCUGAUAAUAACAAGAAUAAAAGUACUAAGAUAUGCCUGUGGAAUAUCUCCCCACUAAAUUUUAAAAAGCAGAUAUUAGAUGCACUAGACAUUUACUUGAAAUAUGGAGAAAGUAGUAGAAUAAAGAUUGGAGACAUUUUAAUUAAUAAAAUUGCAAGUAAUGACCGACAAAGCACCUUACUUGGAAAUGCUAUAACUUUGGCCCUCUCUCUUUUACCAAUUAUGUUAGCUAUUUACUCUAUUAUUUUUAUUGUUCUAAAUACUUCUAAUUUUUACUUAAAGAUAUAUGGAAAUAAAAGUCAAAUCCUCUUAAAAACUUUAUACUCAACAUUUUGGUGCAAUAUGGAAAGAUUUGAACCAAAUAAAAACUUGAUAUACAAUAAAUUUAAUAAUUUUAAUUUAAAAAGUACAAAUAGAAAAUUCCUUUUUAGUAAAAAUCUCAAAUUUAGCAAUGAAAAAGGACGAAUAGAGAAUUGGUAUAUAACAGAAACAAAUAAGAAUGUAAAAUCUGACCAAUCUAAAGUACUUAUAGGAUGUAAUUCCACAGAAAAGCAAUUAUCAUGUUUAACUAAUAAUAGUUUCAAAUAUUCAGAUUUCCCAUGUAUCAAUACUAGACCAAUAACUUCUUCGACAGAUUCUAGUCAAUCUAAAGAAUAUGCUAGUAAUGAAGACCCUUUAAAGUACUUAGAAUCAGAUGAAUCUAUUAGUAUAUAUUCUGGAAUAUAA